AUGUCUGCCACUAGACAACUGGGUGUGGAUGAAGACACUUUUGUUGAGCCAGAUGAGGAUCACGAGGACCUCCCGGACGAUAAGCGCUCGAGGCACCGUCGCGCCAAUGUCUACGAUGCGAUAGCUGGUCGCGUCAAUCGUCGGGGUGUCCUCGCAUGCCAUCUACUUGCCUCUCAAUACCGUGACACAACCUCAUCAAGCGCUCGAACUCUGCGUCCAGAAGAGCUUCUUUACCGCAGAAAGGAUAUUCUAGAAGAUUCAAUUGGGGAGAAAUCUUAUUUCGCCCAUGAAACUCUUCCCUUUGAUCAAACUCUCCCAAACUCCGAGCUCCUCGAGGCGAUACAUGCUUAUGCAGCCGACUACUACCAGUACGCUACAGCAGAUAACGGCAAAGAUGACCACCAGACCAUGGAUGAGACGGCGUUGCUUGCAAUGGGGAUCUUGAUAGAGGAGAUGGCCAAAGAGGGACUAGGCGAGACAGGGGAUCUGGCCCUGGUCGAAGGACGGGAGCUAUCGGAGGAGGAGGACGAAAAGACGGGGGUCGAGAGCGACACCACAACUCAUUCGGCAGCACGACCACCUCGAAGGAAACGUGCGAACAGUAACAUUCGAAAAAGAUCAAAACGACGCAAAUUAGCUCGUUCCGUUUCUGCGACAACUGACUUUGACACCGAACUCGAUGAUUGA